UGAGCGUGCCCUCUAUAUGAGGUUGGGGAGCGCCUGAGUCGGCCUUUUCCGCCCGCUCCCCCCUCCCCCCGAGCGCCGCUCCGGCUGCACCGCGCUCGCUCCGCGCUGUCAGGCUAGCGCCGCCGUCCCCAGCCGUCACCAUGAUUAUCUACCGGGACCUCAUCAGCCAUGACGAGCUUUUCUCCGACAUUUACAAAAUCCGGGAGAUCGCGGACGGGCUGUGCCUGGAGGUGGAGGGCAAGAUGGUCAGUAGAACAGAGGGUGCCAUCGAUGACGCGCUCAUCGGUGGAAAUGCUUCCGCUGAAGGUCCGGAGGGCGAAGGUACCGAAAGCACAGUAGUCACCGGUGUUGACAUUGUCAUGAAUCAUCACUUACAAGAAACCAGUGGUUUCUUUGUCACCCAGUAA